AUUUUUCCCCAUUGUUUUUCUGAUGUCCUGUGUUUUGGUUGUGAAAAUUGCGUAAAAAAUUUGUAAGAAAUGUUCAAAAUUCUGUGUGAUAUUUCGUUUUUUGUGAACAAAUUACUUGAAGGUUGUUUGUGGUGAUAAUAACAUAGUUUUAUUCUUGUGAUUUUCCUUAAUAAAUAGAUCAAAAUGAAGACAAAACUAACAUCCGUGACCUACUUCGGUUUCACGGCGAUGGACCGUCGUUUAUCCAACUCCAUGCUUCCCUGGCUUCUGAGAGAAAUAAGAGCUACUGGCACACAGGAGAAGCUAAGCAUUGCAAUCGAAGAUGGCUGCUUGAAGGCGUACAAUGAAAACUUUGAACCAGUUAUUCUUCACAGAUUGGUCGAUAUAUUGAGGGCCAGCCAAGUUCCUGGUAGACCAGAAGAAUUAUUCUACAUUCUUCUAAAUGAGAAGGAAGGUCUUCUGCAAUUAUUUCUGUUCAGAGCUGCUACUGUUAUUGAGGUGACAGACCUGUUCACCCAAAUGCGUGACCCCUCCACCCCCAAGGGGUCGACCGGCUCGCUGAACGUCACAAAGAAUGCUGGUUUCCAUCACCAGAAUGGAUCUGAGCAUCUACCCUGGACGAGCCCGGCGAUCUCGCUGCCGGGGAACUGUAGUUCUAACUUAAACAGCGAAGCGCCACCCCUAAUGCGCAGCGCGAGCAACGCGUCAGCGCUGACGUCACUCUGCGCGGAUCUAUCGCCCGCUGAGUCGCACUUCUUUGAGGUUCUCUAUAUAGGCAAAGUGCGUAUUUCCCAGCGCAAAGUGCCAGAUACUUUAAUAGAUGAUGCUCUUCUGAAAUUCGCUCAGCAUGAGGCUGAGAAAAUGAGACUGCAACGACGUCACAGCUUACUGUCUUCUACUGGGACUUCACUAAGCAGUCAUUCAGUAGAUAGUCUAAACAAUACAUCAGCUUCUAACGAAAACUUCCAAAAAUCUUUAAUACCCAGUACAACCCCAUUAGAACCAGAUAAAUCUAACCCUUGGAAAAGCGCAGAAAGCUUAAAUAAACCAGAAGUACUUGUAGAUAAAGAAUUUGAUGAAUUCACAAAAGAAAGAGUCGAAAGAAAGCAAGAAUUAACAAAAAAUGGUAAAACUAAUUUAGGAACCGUGAAAGAGGAUGAGGAAAAACAUGACGAAAAUCCUUUUAAGGAGAUCAAAAUUGUCAAAACUGUUACUUUAGACCCUUUACUGCAUAUAUCUGAAGCCGGUGAUAUUAAAAAUGAUGGAUUAGUUAAAAAUGACAAUAAAGUAAAAACAGAAAAAGAAGAGUUAAACGAUAUUACUGAAGACGAAGAAAAAGCAAUGAAUUUUAAUGAAUUACGUAGAAAUGAUAGGAAAGGUAGUUUGCCGGAAAAUGUGCCGUUUCUAAGAGAUAGGUCUGCGUCGAUUGGAACGUUGAAUUUGAAAACUCCGCUCGCACAUUUGAUUGGUGAACAGAAUAGAACUAUGCUGUUUCAGGUGGGUAGAUCAGAACUGCGCUUAAUAAGCCCUGAUCGCAAACAGAUCCUCUUACACCGUGCUCUCACAGACGUCGCUAGUGUAGCCCUGGGGAGGUCUAACACACAGCACUUGGGGUUCGUGUGCCGGGAGCGGGCUGCGUACGCGUGCUAUGUGUUCAAGUGUGAGAGUGGGGAGGUCGCUGUGGAGCUGGUUAGCGCUAUAAAACAAGCAUUCGUUGCACACGCGGAGUUACUCAAGAAAUCGAGGGAAAAAUCACCGAACAUGACAUGCGAACAUUGCCCUAUGUUGUGGUACCAUAGAUUGUGUCAUGAUGUUGAAGGCAUGAAUGACAAGAAAACCCACGCCUUCAUACUGCGUCGGAUAGAAAGCUUACCUGAAGAUGAACAAGACACCAUCAUCACCAAGUACCAGGGUGGGACUAACCAUAUGUUUGAAGUAAGCGAACACAACGCGUUCCUAAUGAUGUUGCUCCGAGCCCAUUGCGAAGCGAAACAACAACGACAUGUACAUGACACCGCUGAGAACAGGUCAGAAUUCCUCAACCAAUACCUAGGUGGUAGUACAAUAUUUAUGAAAGCAAAGAGAUCAUUAUCUAGUGGCUUCGAUCACUUGUUGAAACGUAAACAGAGUAAGGAAGAUGGACUUUCUCCUGGCUUGAAGAAGGAGUCAUCACCAAAACCACCACCACUAAACUUGGAAACAUCAUCAGAACCGAACAGCACUGAACUGUUAUCACCAGACACUGUGCGGUAUAAGUCGUUAUCACCUGCUGUUAUGAAUGAACAAGCAACACCAAAAACGCCUCCAAUUGAAGACCAAACGGAUUCCAAAGAAAACACGCCUACCGUCAAUUCUCCAAUGAUGGAUAUAUUUCUCAAAGUAAGUGACUCUCGACCUCAACCCUCUGAAGCGAGUGAAACAGAUACGACUUGGAGACAGGCGAUUUAUGAGAAAGUUAUUAAUCCGGAGGUUCAUGAAGGAGACGGUUCAUCAAAUCCAGCUAAUCCGUCUGGCAAACGCACUAAAGAACAGUUGCGGCAGUUAUGGAAAAUGGCCAUCGACCAGACCCUUCUACUGGUUAGGAUGGAGAAAGAAAAUAAUAGAAUUAAAGAGAGCGUAGAAUCCUCCGCUGUUCGUCGUAUAAAGCUAGAAUACAGUGACCUAGCGGCUUGUGAGACCGGUUCCCUGAUAUGGGACGAUCUGCUCGCACGGGACCCGGCACAGAGGUCUUCUCGGGUAGACCGCCGCAUGCUCGUGGAGGCUGUGAGACAGGGUGUACCCCGAAACCUUCGCGGUGAAGUAUGGUAUUUCCUCGCGGAACAAGCGUGUCUUCGGAUGCCUCCACCUGAUGCAAAAUGGCCGAACUAUGCGGCCCCAUAUCGGAAGUUAUUGGCUGGACUGACUAAACACCAACACGCUAUUUUGAUUGAUUUGGGUCGUACCUUCCCAAAACAUUCUUAUUUUGCAUCCGCUCUAGGGCCCGGUCAAUUGGCCCUUUACAACAUUCUGAAGGCCUAUUCGUUAUUGGACCCAGAAGUUGGAUAUUGUCAAGGCCUUAGCUUCGUUGCUGGUGUACUGUUGUUGCAUAUGGAAGAAGCAGAGGCCUUCAUGCUCCUUCGUCACUUGAUGUUCCGACGUGGUCUGAGAAACCAAUAUUUACCGGACAUGAGCGCUUUACAAGUUCAGCUGUACCAACUAUCCCGUUUACUCCGGGACCACCUCCCGGACCUCCAAUCACACCUGGACACAUUGGACGUCCCGCCCGCGCUAUACGCUGCCCCGUGGAUGCUCACGCUUUUUACCAGCCAGUUCCCGUUGGGAUUUGUGGUCCGCGUGUUUGAUCUAAUAUUCGCGGAGUCACUGGACAUAGUGUUUUCCAUCUCGCUCGCACUGCUCACUGUACACAAGGACGGACUGAUGAUGUGCGAGAGUUGUGAGGAAGCUGCUGAAUAUCUGAAACACAAGCUGCCGGAUAUUGAUAGGGGCGUGUACGAGCGGGUUAUGAGUAUUGUAUACAAAUUAGACAUAUCCCGGCAACUGGUAGAGUAUUCAGUGGAGUACAGUGUUCUCCGAGAAGAGAUGCCAAGACUGGCAACACUCACGGAACAGAAUAGAGUGCUGGGGAGUGAUGUGAAUAAGAUGGCAACCGAGUUGGACUCGGCCAUGGAAGCGCUCACAAACUACCAAAAGAGCCAAUCUCGCUUAGAAUUACAAAACAAAGUUAUGGAACAACACCUAACCAUCCUCAGCCGAUACAUAACCAACAAAAACGACGUGCCCAUAGAGAUAAAGAAAAUCGCGCAAAACUACACUAAAAAACUAUCGUUCAGUUCAAAAAUAAGUUCCUUGACGAAAUUCGCCGGAAACGACGAAGACGAGGAAAAGGAAAAAUAUUCAAAACAGAAAAGCGCGCCAAAUCUAUUCGCGAAAACUUCAAAAGAAGACAUCAUUAAUGCAAUGAAUAAAAUGAACGAAGACAGGAAACAUUUUAUGAUGAAGAAAUCGCAAUCUGUACACUCCGGUCUAAUAGCGAAUAGACCUUUUCCACUACAAGUUUUACAAGAAAAAGAUUCAGAAACUAGAAAAUAUUCUCUAAUAGAUGGUCCCAAAAGAAUUGAAGGGACGAGAAAGCACAGUCUCACAGAUGUUAGUAAAAGAAAUAUCAAUUUAUUCAACACGCAAGAACAAAUCAGACAAGAAAGACUUUACGAACAACAAUUAAAACACGAUUUUGACGAAAACCUGCGUAAAUUGGAAAACAACGAUUCAGAGAACACGUCAGACCAAUCUUCCGACAUUUUUGACUUAAAAACGGAUUUAAAACGCGAUUUAAACGAGUUUCAGAGCAAAAAGAGCAUGUCGUUAAACUUUCAUGGCAAAAGUGAUAGCGGUUUUGUCACACCGUUGACUCCAGAUAAAGAACUGAAUGAUCGGAAAGAGGAAACCGCAUCAAUUAUUUCGCAUCCGUUGAGUGACUGCUGCAGUGAUAUAGAUGUUAAAUUUGACGGGCAAUCCACUAAGUUGAAACAAAUUCGACCGAUAAGACACCAUUAGGAUA